CACAGAUAGAGGGUGCGGAGAAAGGGGAAGAGAGAGAAAGUAAGAAAGUAGAGAGAGAGUGGUGAAGCAGAGAAAGAAAGAAAGAAAGAAAGAAAGAAAGAAAGAAAGAAGAUAAGAGAAGCACAGAGAGCACAGCACUACCCUAAGAUCUCUCUCUGAUAAUUCUGAUAACUCAACAGGGGAAUAGAAUCAGUUUCUAUUCUGUGCGAAUUGGGUGAAUCUGUGUGAAGAAUGGUAAAAUCCAGUGGUUGAUUGAAGGUGGAAGGAAUGGACAGGAUAAGAGAAGCUAGGAGAACCAGCAUGGCUGCAAAUGGUUUAACCAGAAGAAGACACAGGACUAACAGUCUCAGAGACUCACCAGAGGAAGAUGGAGGGAUGGAGCUGCAGGAACCGACGAGACUAAGAGAUCGAAAGAAGGAUCGAGAUCGGGAGAGGGAGAGGGAAAGGGAGAGAGAUCGAUCGGGGAGGAGCAAGAGGAGGAGGGGUGAUAGGUUGAUGCAUAGCAGCAGGGAAGAUGGAGGAGAGGAUACUUCAGAUGAGAGCAUCAACGAUGAAGAAGAUGAUGACGACGAAGACGGUGGAGUAGGAGGAGGAGGAAACGGCGGAGGUGCUGGUUCAGUUAGAAUGCUUCCGUUGAAUCCUUCGUCGCUGUCUUCUUCAUCUUCGCUGACGAACCACUCGCAUCAUCAUCGGAAGAGCUUCCCUCCGGCGAAAGUUUUUAGACCAGCGCCGCCGACGACGUGGAAGGCCGCCGAUGAGAUGAUCGGAGUGUCUGUGCCAAGAAAAGCACGCUCAGCUUCAACGAAGAGGUCGCACGAAUGCUGGGCUUCAAGCGGUGGUGGGAUAGUGGCGGAGCAAAAUCACCGUCAGCCUUCAUCUUCACCGGUGAGGGCAGCGGGAGCUCCGGCCUCGCCGUCAUCGUCAAACGCUUCAGGGAGAAAGAAGAUAAAGCAGAAUGGAGGAGGACCCAAGUUCCGGCCACCGAAAUCGUCGCCGAAGGCGAGCCAGGACGAGAUCGAGAUAGAGAUCGCCGAAGUGUUGUACGGCAUGAUGAGACAGCCUCAAGGUCAAGGACCUUCCAAGCAAGAAAUCAUCGCCAACAACCAUGAAUCUUCUUCAGGCAAGUUCGAUUCCCGAGAACAAACCAAUAAUAAAUCUUCCAGUGAUGGAAAGUCCAGGAUUCCUUCACCGCCUCAGAAUUCAAGCUCCUCCGCUGCCACUCCCAUGUCUGCUGUUGCUCCGAAGAGGAAGAGACCGCGACCGGUGAAGAACGAGGAGGAGAAUCCAUCGGUGUUAAGCAUUAGGAGCAGCCCUGUUUCGUCAACGACGAAAGUAGAGAGCGAUCAGCCUUCAAAGAUGGAAACUAGUUCGUCGAAUUCAGCUAAGAACAACCCAGGAUCUGCAGCUGAAAAUCUGACGAAUUCGCUACCGGUUCAGGCCUCGCCGGAGCCUGUUAAGCCGGAGCGAAACAACGCUUCGUCGGAUUCUAAGGCGUUGACGGAGGAAUCGGAGAAGCAAAAAGAUGCAGGGUUGAAUAAGGAGGUGGCGCCUCCUCAGUCACCAAAGAAGGAAUCUUCUUCUACAGUGCUCCAACAAGUAGAUGACACUAGCGAGAGUGCAGUGAAAGCGACCAAAUCGAAUCAAACAAUGAAUGAGAGUGUAAACCAGCGAGAAGAGAAGUUCCAGAUAGAUCUGAUGGCGCCACCUCCGACAGGGAAGUCUUCACCAGAAAGGGAUGUGGUGGAGAAUAAUUUAGUAGCUGAGGCUGAUAAGGAAGUGAAGAAAGAUGAGGAGAAAUCAUUGAGAAUGAACAAGGAAGAGGGAGUGGUUGUUGAAAUGGAGAAAGUGAGAAGAAAAGCUGAAGAAUCUGAAUCCCAAAAACUGGCUAUUGUGCAGAAAGAAAGAGGUAUUGACCUGCAACUUGAUUUGGAGAAAGCUGAUAGAAUGGAUACUAGUGGCAAUGGCAGUAGUGUUAGCAAGAAGCAGCAUCAAAAUGCUCAUAGGCAGCACCAGCAGCAGCAAACUAACUCAGAGAAAAAUGUUCAAACCAACUCAUUGCCUCUUCCAAUGUCUGUUCCUCCCAACUGGCCUGGUGGGCUUCCUUCCAUGGGAUAUAUGACACCUCUACAAGGAGUUGUAUCCAUGGAUGGCACUACUGUGACUCCUGCAGCUAUACCGCCUCCCCAUCUGCUUUUUAAUCAGCCUCGGCCUAAAAGAUGUGCAACCCACUGCUACAUUGCUCGCAAUAUAUUGUAUCAUCAACAAAUUGCGAGGAUGAAUCCAUUCUGGCCAGCAGCCGCAGGCUCUGCACCGAUGUAUGGAGCAAAGGCAGGGAAUCUUAAUGUUGUGCCCUCCCCUGAAUUGCUUGGUAAUGUUCCUGCCAGGGCUGUAAACCCAACUCAAGACAAAGUUCAGAGUCUUACCAUGUUUCCAAGUCAUAUUGGGAAGGAUAAAGUUCCUCAGCCUGCAAAUGUGGAUAAUUCAUCAAGGAAGCAAAUUUUGCUUCAGCAAGGUUUGCCCCCAGGAGCCGCUCCUAGUAAUAUAUUGCAUGGCCCUGCAUUCAUCUUCCCUCUGAAUCAGCAGCAAGCAGCUGCUGCAGCAUCUGUUCGACCUGGAUCUAUGAAGUCUUUGCCGGUUACAAGCAAUGGAGCACCAUCCGUUACACCCAAUUCAGCCCCGCCAAAUGCUCCUUCCGGUUCAGGGGCUUCCACCACCCCAGCAAUGAGCUUCAGCUAUCCGAGCAUGCCUGGCAACGAAACUCAAUACUUAGCCAUUUUGCAGAACAAUGCUUACCCAUUUCCAAUACCUGCACAUGUUGGUGGUCCACCUGCAUACCGUGGAACUCAUGGCCAGCCUCCUUUUCCUUUCUUCAAUGGGUCUUUUUAUUCAUCUCAAAUGAUACAUCCUUCUCAGAUUCAGCAGCAGCAGCAUCCUGCUCAGUCGCAGCAGAGUCAACAGGGCCACCAGAAUACCAGUAUUUCUACUGGAUCCUCUUCACAGAAACAUGCACAGAAUCAGCAACAAAAGCCUAAUCAUGCUAGCAGCUCCAAUGGUGUUGGAGGAAGCCUGCAAGGUUUUCCUGUUACCAAAAACCCACCCUCACAGUCACUACAGUUGCAGCAGCAACAACAUCAACAACAGCAACAACAUCAACAACAGCAACAACAUCAACAACAGCAGCAGAGGCAGCAGUUAAAUAAUCAUCACACCUCUCAUCCUGCUCGCCAAGUUGAGAAUGAGAUGGGUGGUGAAGAUAGUCCUUCUACUGCUGAUAGCCGUUUCACUCGAGCUGCCAUGAAUAUUUAUGGCCAGAAUUUUGCAAUGCCAAUGCAAGCACCGAACUUUGCUUUGAUGACUCCUGCAAUUAGUGGUGCUGGUUCUAAUGGCAGUCAUGGUGAAAAGAAGCAACCGCAGCAGCAGCACCCUGGUUCGAAGGCUGGAGGUGAAACAUCUCCAGCAUUUGCCAUGUCAUUUGCAUCCAUCAAUGGAGCCGCUGCUGCCACUGGCCUUGACCUCUCAUCUUUCGCGCACAAUCAUUCAAUUAUGCAGAGCAAUCAUAACUAUCAGAUAAUGGCAGCAGCACAAGCUGCCAGUGCCCAGCUUAAGAAGAAUUAUCAUGCAGUUGAAGAGGGGAAAAAUGUAGCUAAUUCCUCUAACCUGGAAGAAGAUAGAAAAUCCAUGUCUGGAAAAAAUCCAACAACAAUGGGGCAAUCAAUUGCUUUUGCCAGGCCAGACAUGUCUGAUCCCUCAUCUUUAGCUGCCAACAAUGUUAUUGAUAGCUCAGGUCGUAGUCUCCAUCUUGGUUCUGCUUCGUCCCGGCCAUCUGCUUCUGCUAUGCCUGCUGCCAUCAACUCCAAUGCAGCCAGUUCUCAGCUACAGCGAAGUCAGCAGCAGCAGCAACAACAACAGCAAAUUCUCCAGCUUCAGAAGCAGAAUCAAUUUGCUGCAGCAGCCGCGGCUGCUGCUCGAAACAAGACACCAUCAACAAGCAACGGCAAUGUCUACACUGAUACUCUUCCUUCUACAUCUUCAAUAUCCACCAAGUUUCCCAAUGCUGUUUCUGUGUUUCCUCAAAGCCUUGUACAGAGCAGCAACACUGUUGCUCAGUCAAACCAGUGGAAGAACUCAGCAAGGGCCACAACCACUUCUCAGCCACCUUCUAUGGCUUCAACACCGCCAUCAUCAGUGAAAAAUCCUCCACAACAGCAGGGUCGUUCCCAGCAAUCUCACACUCAAAUAUCUUUUGCAGCAAAUCCAAAAUCAUCCACAGCACAAAUGCAACCUGCAAGCUCCACCCAGUCCCCAUCCCCUCCUGUUAUGGUUGGCUCACCAACAACUUCCUCAAUGUCCAAAAACACUGGCAGCCCCAGGACAGGUUCUACAUCAACCAACAGCAAGACCAGCCAAGCUUGUUCCUUAUCCUCCCAGCAAGCCAAGAACUCUCCGGUGCCACCACGUAAAUCCUCACCCGUUGGUGGCCGGAAUGUGCCAUCGAUCCUCAGUGGCCCUCAGCUAACACCCUCUUCCAGUACUGGGAGUAAAUCUCAACUGCCACAGCAGCAGCAGCAGCAACAACAACAGAAGCAGCAAGUAUCAAAGCAGACAUUACCGCAGGCCCAGCUAUUCUUCUCAAAUCCUUUCAUGCAUUCCCAAGUUUCACAACCCAACAAUUCCACCUCCAAUACCGCCACAGUUGCUGGAAGUGGGUUCUAUCUUCAACGGCGCGGCCCCGAGCAAGUGCAGCAACGGCAGGGCUCUUCUGGCACUUCCUCAAACGGUGCAGCUGUGAGCAAUUCAAAAGGCAGUGCCUUAACCACACAGGGUCUUCUGCAUCCUUCCCAGUUUGCUUCCAUGCCACCCUCUGGGAACCACCAUCAAUUUGUUCCUGCUGGAUUCUCAUAUGUUCAUCCAGUGCCCACUGCAGUUCAAGUGAAGCCUGCAGAGCAGAAACAACCCGCAGGUGAGUAGAAUUAUAAUGCAAGUGGAGCAUAACUUAAGACCAUGGGGUUUUGAAGUGGAAGAUGGUGCCUUCUCAAUGUUGUGCGCGUUGAGAAGACAUGGAAGAUAGAUCAUGGCCAACAAAGAUGAUUUGGAUUCCACAAAUUUUGAUGGGAAAAUAGAGCAGACCUUUGAUGUGCCUGAAUUGUGUGUAGAAAUUCAUUUUGUACACUUGUGUUUAUAAUCUGACAUGGCUGAUCAUCAAGUCUAAUCAAAUUCGAUUGGUUUUUUAGAAGGAAGGAUGUGGUUGACAAGGUGGAAAAAAGUAAAGGAUAAAAAAGCUGGAGGAAAGGAAGGGAAAGAACCACCUUUUCUUCUUUUGGGGAUGUAAUGGGAGGUUUACUCUAGAUGUUCUUUUGUUUCUCCUCUUUCUCUUUUUUAUCAUUUUGUCUUUAGGGUACUAGAGCAGUAAACAUCUUUUUGACAAGCCUAUAUGGAAAAGGUGGAAUCUGCACUCGUCUAGCUGAUAUUACAAUAGUAUUCUUAAAAACAUAUUCAAAUAUCAAAGAUGAUUUCCCUAA